UAAAGGAGAAAAUCAGGACAUGAGAAAGCGUCUCAAGCCAGCUGCAGGAGUCCCCAGCCCCAGCUUCAGCAGAGGAAGCAGAGAGGCAAGGAAGUAGCUCAGAGUGAGAAGGAAGCAGAUAAGAAAAAAACACAGAAAGAACUUGAACAAGAAGGUGGUUGCCUGGGCUGUCACACCACAUCUGGAUUCCAGGAGCUACUUGGAGUUUUCUGGAGACGGCACCCAGCGAGACAGGAGUAUGUGGCUGUGCACAGGUCUGCUCCUUCUCUGCUUCCAAGGUUGCUUAUCUCUGACGGGCCCUGGCUCUGUGUCUGGCUACGUAGGAGGCUCUCUCCGUGUGCAGUGUCAGUAUGGAAAAUCAUAUAAGGGCUAUUUGAAAUACUGGUGCCGAGGACCACAUGUCAAAAUGUGUAGAACUAUUGUAGAAACUGACGGAAGUAAGAAAGAAAAGAAGAGUGGCCGAGUGUCCAUCAGAGACCAUAUUGAGAACUCCACUAUUACAGUGACCAUGGAGAACCUCAGCGAAGAUGAUGCUGGGUCUUACUGGUGCAAGAUCCAGACUUCCUUUAUCUUUAAUGCACGGUCACGUGACCCAUCGGUCCGAGUAAAGGUUCAUGUUUUCCCAGCCACAACUCCCAUGGAGACCACACUCCCUGCCACAACUGCUACCCUCUCACUAGUGAAUUCUGGACAGAACCGGAUUAGGACUAGAGCGAUGUUCAUCUUCCGACUGUGGUCCCUGCUCAGCAGCGCCCACUUCCAGGUCCUGGUCUUCCUGAAGCUGCCUCUGUUUCUGAGCAUGCUCUGUGCUCUCUUCUGGGUGAACAGGCUUCUGGGGACUCCUGGGGGAAUGUACAGUGACCUGCCCAAGAGCUAUGAAGUGUAGCAUCCCAGGAAUGCCCUGGGAAGGACUCAGCCCUGCAGACUGUGUGAGAGACACAUUGGAUUCUGGAUCAACUCUGCUUGGAGGCAGCAGUGCCUGGGUUCUGGACUUCACUGUUCUGUGUCUCAAAGUCGGGGGAUCUGAUUAUCAGAGAGUCUUGGAUAUCAGACUCCUGCAGUGUCCUCAGCAUAAAAGAGAGAACAAAACUGGGAAUAAUGGCACAUGCUGUUAAUCUUAGCACCGGAGAGGCAGAGGCAGGUAAAUCUCUGUGAGUUCAAAGCCAACCUGGUCUAUAUAGUGAGUUCCUGGACAGCCAGGGCUAAAUAAUGUACUCUGUUUCAAACACUCCCAAAAGAGGGAACAAGACUCUACUGGGCCCUAUGUUAGAGGUCUGCCUUUCUCUUCUUCAAAUUUCAUGGAUUCUGUUCUCAUGUCAGCUCCAAAGGGUAAGAAUCUUCUAGAAGUUUCUUGAACAGAAGUCUAGCCUCUUGAUCUUCUCUGAGUGCCAUAAAAGCAUCUCAGGCCAUUAUCUCUGGUGCCAACAAUCACCUCCUUACUACAAAAAAGAGGUUCCUGGGGAACAUGGCUCACAGCCUUUGUUUAGGAUGUCUAGAACAAUCCUAAAGGAUUUGGCUUCUGGUAGAGCAUCCACUGCCAGCUCUCCCAAGCACACAGCAUUCUUUGAUCCCGUCUCACUGUGCUCACUGUGACCUCAAAGCCUCCUUAUGUCUCCAAGACUAGAAAGCAUGUGUCAGAGUUCAGCACAUGCUUGCCUGAAUGAAAAUAGCCAAUCAUCUUGGAAGUGCAGUUCUGUGGUUAUCCAGGGCAGCAGUGGAGAAAAUGGAGGCGGGUGUCCCUGCAUUUCCUAAUCUGGGAGGAAGUCUUCUGUGCACAGCGUUAACUGAGAGUCCAUCUUUUCUCACUUAAGAAACUGGCUGAGAUCACCUUGAGGAAAAACAGGUAUUCAAAGGCAGGUAGGGUGCUAGUGGUGAGGGGAUGCCAGAUCUGGGCAUCCACUAGGCAACCUCAGCUCUGAAAAACGCUGAUUGCCAAUUUCUUCUUUGCUAUUCUCUGCAGAGAGAACUCAGAGGGUUAGCCACAAGUGCCACCAUCUCCAUUCACUCCAUGUAUACAGGUUAGACCUCCUUCUCCUCCCUCAGACUCAAGCUUGUCUUGAGCUAAUGUUGCCCAUUUCCUGAGAGAGGAUGUAUUUAUAGGAACACCAUAACUGGACAUAAAGACUCGGGGAGUAUCUACCACAGUCAUAGCUGCCAAUGGAAGCUCUAUCCAAAGGCAGAGCACACUGUGGACUCAGUUUCUCGGUGUGAGGCAUGUCUGUCAGUCCAGCAUGGUGGAGUUUUUCUUCUAGCAAUUCAGAUGGAGUGUGUGGAUUCAGCGUCAACUCUUGCUUGCAUUUUCCUUUAGAAUAUUGGAUAGAUUCGAGUGCACCAAGGUCCUGGAUGCAAGCUAGGAGAUUUUACCUAGCCAGUGGCACAUCAUGUUCAACAGUCAGGUAGUGGAAGGUCUCAGUCUGUGAGACGGAAGUAAGGGGUGUUGCUGACGGUUGUGGGAAAGAGAGGGGCAGGCUUGGAUGGUGCAAAGCCUGUGUGAUUGCAUUACCAGACAGAGCGGGUCAACUAGGAGCCUAGAGGUGUGGGCUCGUGGAAUGUUCAGGGCUAGAGAGAAAGGCACAAGGAGAGAUUAACUGGCUUCUAAGAGGUAGGUGAAAUUACCAGGAGAGUGUUCAGGACCAAGGACAGAGCUCCGAAGGUGAGGUAAGGAUGUAAGGUAAGCGUUCAGGACCAAGGACAGAGACGGCAUGGGGCUCUUAGCCCACCAACCAUGCAGGUUUCAAGAUGGGAAGUGACGACACAGUCCUGUGUACAGCACGCCCGCCAUUACUCUGUUCUCAGCAGUUUUCACAUGCAUUCGUUUACAUGUGUGUUUAACUAUGCAGCUUUGUCCUACACAUGCAUCCACGUAACGACCAUCGCAAUCAACACAGGGGAUUGCUCCACCAUCCCAAGUCCUCCUUCAUGCCGGUCUGCCUCGUUACUGCCCACUAGAGACCACUGAUCUCUGCCCGACUCUGGGUCUGUCACUUUGAGAAUGUUCUAGAAAGGGAAGCAUUUUGGUGGCACAUCUUUUCCUCCUCUGUUAAGUACAGGGCCUCUGGGAUCUACACAAGCAGAUGUUCUUGGAAAUCAUCCAUACCUCUUUAUUACUGAGCAGUAUUGUAUAAAUUCAUUACAGUUUGUUUAACUCCUUGUUCAUUAAAGUACUUGGGUCAUUUUCUAAUUCAAAUAAAACUGUUACCCACAUUUCA